AAAAAUUCAAAUAAUAAUGUCUAAGAAGGGUAUUGAUUGGGUGAAUACUUUGAAAAAGUUCGUAGAUUCCAAACAAUAGAGAACUGCAUAAGAAAUCGAUGAUGAAACUGAUCAAUUGUUUCUCGAUUAUAUCGAAUAAGCAAGAAAGAAAGUUUAAUUAACAGUCUAAUUUAAUAGGAAUAAGAAGAAGAUCCAAGUUAUAAGAAGAUACCUAAGUUUUUCUAAAAGGCCUCAGUUACAAAUGAAAAUUAAUUGAGUUUCAGAGUUAGGCAAGAAGCAAGAACAAGGUUUUUGAAUCAUAAAACUGGAGAAAUUUUAGAUAAAGAGGAUUUAGAGAAAUUAUGGACAGAACUUAAAAAUAAUAUAUCACCACCAGAUGAUAAGAAGGAAAGAAUUAAUUAUAAUUCGUUUUUAACUAUUGCUUCAUCAUUACCUAUCAAAUGUAGACAUUUUUUUAGUGCAUCUACUUUUUUAAAAUUUGACAGGGAUGAAUAUGGUAGAAUAGAUAUUGUUGCAUUCUUCCAUUCAAUAGUUAGAAAAGUUAAUCUGUUUUAGACUAGGAUAUAAAUUAGUUUGUAUGAUUCUAUCGGGUAUUUAUUGCAUAUUAUAUAUGUAGAAAUGGAUAUCUAAGAGAAAAGGAUCUUGAGAAUUAUAUCUUUGAAUUAAUACCUACAUUCCCUUAGUUAGAGAAACUAGAUGUAAGAUCAAGUGUUAUUUUAAACCAUAGCAAAACUUUUAUCCAUUUUAUGUGAUUACUGCUGUAAGGAAGUUCUUUUUCUUUUUGGACUCCAAAAGGACAGGCAGAAUAUACAUUAAAGAUAUGUUGACGUCUCCCAUCCUAGCAGAGUUAUACGAAUUGAGACAGGAAAAACUAACCUUAGAAGAAUUAGGCCAGAAUUGGUUCUCAAAAUAAUCUGCUUUAAAAGUCUACGAAAGAUAUUUGAAAUUGGAUAAUGAUCAUAAUGGUCUAUUAUCAAAAUAAGAACUAUCUAAGUAUUCAUGGGGAUUGACUGAUAUUUUUAUUGAUAGAGUGUUUGAGGAGUAUCAAACUUUUGAGGGAGAGAUGGAUUACAAGACAUUUUUAGGUUUAAAUCAUUUUAAUUACAAUAGACUUUGUACUUGCAAUGGAAAACAAGAAAAGUCAACAAGCAAUACAAUAUUUCUGGAGAAUCUUAAAUGUGUAUCACAAACCAGCUAUUGAUUCUUUUGUCAUCAACAUGUUUUUUAGGCCAAUUAUUUAAAAAUUGGAGCAUAAAGUAGAAAUUUGCUUUAGUAUUUAAGGAUAAAUUUGGAUUUAAUGUUGAAGAUGUAAAAGAUGAAAUAUUUGAUAUGGCUAAACCAGCGAUUUCAACUGCUAUUACCUUAACAGAUUUAUAAAAUUGUGGCCAAGGAGACAUCAUCAUUAGUAUGCUAAUAGACGCUAAAGCAUUUUAUGAAUAUGAUCAAAGGGAAAGUGGUUAAUUACUUGAGGUAGAAGAGUAUGAAGAAUUUUGA